AUGUACUUCUCCAUAGAUCGGGAAUCGGGCUGUUACUCCUGCGCUAAGAGGAGUUUGCAAAGUGCGGGCUGUUGUAGCCACCACAAUCAGCCUCUAACUCUAACUCUAGUCUUGGUGAUGGGAAACAAUGGUGGCUUACAACUACGAACAGCAGCUGCAAAUUGGUGGACCCUCUCCUUGUGGAUCCCUGUGCAGCAAACUAUAUUGUUCUUGAAGCAAAAAACCCGAACAGCUGGAGGCACAGCUAAUUGGACCUCAUGGCUAUACCCGAGCUUCAAGAACAAGAGACGGCCUUCAGAUUCCGCCCUAGCUUUGAAGCCAACCCCAACAAUCUUGAGAAACUUGAAGAAUUUGGCUUCCAUGAGUGCCAGAAAAUUAUUCGACUAG